CAAUCAACUAAUAAUAUGCAUAAAAAAACUCCGUAAUAAACAUCAAAAAAUUUUCAUUUUAAACAUUGUUUACCUUGUAAUAUAUAUUCUAAAAACAGAUGAAUACAUCUUUAGAAAUAAAAGCAGCACAGAAAGAUACAAAUCAUACAAGAGUUUUCUUAUCUCUUGAAGUGAUGCAAAAAAAUCAAAUUGGAACAGGUGAUUUAAUAAGAAUCGAAAAGCAAGAUCAGAUUAUUUUUGGCAUUGCUUGGCCCUCUUUAACAAUUUCAGCAGAAGCUAUAGAAUUAAAUACAGUCUUACGAUUAAGUGGAUCAUUUCAAAUUGGUGAUAUAGUCACUAUUCAAAAAGUAUUCAACUCACAUAUAGAAGCAACACAAAUCAAUGUUCAAUUUAUAUCUACCCCAACAUAUUCUUUAGAUCGAGAUUUUAAUAUUUUUCUAAAAGAAUAUCUUGUGGAACUAAAAUUCAUUGCUCAAUCACAGUUCAUUGAUUUCAUCUAUUCUGGAAAUAGAUCAAGAAUUCAAAUUAUAGACAUCUUAUCAAAGAAUCCAUCCGAAUUAUAUCUUAUUACCUCAAAUACAAAGAUUCAUCUGACAUCUACGUUAAUAGAUGAUUCUGAAAAAAAGAAACACCCACCAACAGCUGAAUCGGUAACUUUUGGAUAUGAAAAUAUUGGUGGUUUAUCCAAACAGAUCGCCAUCAUACGCGAAAUGAUCGAGACACCACUUCAAAACCCUGAAUUAUUUUUAAAAUACGGAUUAAAGCCACCGCGAGGUGUCUUACUUUUCGGUCCUCCAGGUACAGGUAAAACGUUGAUUGCUCGUGCAGUAGCACAUGAAACAGGAGCCCAUGCUAUUAUUGUCAAUGGAGCUGAAAUUGUAAGUAAAUUUUAUGGUGAAACGGAACAAAAGCUACGUGAUUUAUUUGAUGAAGCCAUCAGUCAUGCCCCUUCUGUUAUUUUUAUUGAUGAAAUUGAUGCACUUUGCCCUAAACGAGAUGAAGCGCCUAGUGAAUUAGAGAAACGGGUAGUAGCAACUUUACUGACCUUGAUGGAUGGAGCUUCGACAGAAAAUAAUCGUGUUGUUGUUAUUGGAGCUACUAAUCGACCUAAUGCUUUAGAUGAAGCAUUACGUAGACCAGGUCGAUUUGAUCGUGAGGUUGAAAUUGGUAUACCAACAGCUGAGGCAAGGUUGUCGAUCAUGAAAACGAUUCUCAAAAAGAUGCCAUAUAGAUUAAGUGAUGAGGAACUCGAGUCAUUAGCAAAUAAAGCGCAUGGUUAUGUGGGUGCAGAUAUUGCUGCAGUAUGUAGAGAAGCUGGAUUAAAAUGUAUUAAGCGUUGUGCUGCUUAUUCUUUGACUAGUGAAAAUCAACUGGUUGUUAAUAUGCAAGACAUGAUUGAAGCUAUGACUGAGAUUAGACCUAGUGCUAUGAGAGAGAUUAUGUUAGAAGUACCUAAAGUAUAUUGGUCAGAUAUAGGAGGGCAAAGUGAUAUUAAGCAGCGAUUAAAGGAGUCAGUAGAGUGGCCUUUACAACAUCCAGAGGCAUUUGUAAGAUUAGGUAUUAGACCACCUAAAGGCAUUUUAUUAUAUGGCCCACCUGGUUGUAGUAAGACAUUGAUGGCUAAAGCAUUAGCUACUGAAGCAGGAUCUAACUUUAUUGCAGUAAAAGGUCCAGAGUUAUUUAGUAAAUGGGUAGGAGAAUCAGAAAAGGCUGUACAUGAAGUAUUUAGAAAAGCAAGAGCAGCAUCACCCUCUAUUAUAUUUUUUGAUGAAAUUGAUGCGUUGACAGUGAAGAGAGGAUCUCAUGGGGAUGGUGGCACAUCUGUUGCUGAUAGAGUUCUAUCACAAUUAUUGAAUGAGUUAGAUGGAGUUGAAGCAUUAGUCAAUGUUACUGUUGUAGCAGCAACGAAUCGACCCGAUAUUAUUGAUGAUGCAUUGUUAAGACCCGGAAGAAUUGACAGAAUUUUAUAUGUUGGUCCACCCGACUUCCAAUCACGUAAAGAAAUCUUUAGAAUUCAAACCAGCAAAAUGAGUAUUGAUAAUGAUGUAGACUUGGAUAAACUUGCCGAAAAAAGUGAAGGCUGUUCAGGUGCAGAGGCAGUAGCCAUUUGUCAAGAAGCAGCUUUAUUUGCUAUGGAAGAAAAUAUCCAAAUCGAAUCCGUUAAAAUGAGACAUUUCCAAAAAGCUCUAGAUACUUUUACAAGACGUAUCACUCCCGAAAUGUUACAAUUUUAUAAAGACUUUCAAGAGAAAUCUGGAUUACAGAGUAUUUAAAACACAUUAUCAAUUAUUGAAUACAUGUUCAAAUUUUAGGUUAUAUUUCCUUAUCGUAGUCUCCUUUAGUUAUUUUGUUCUACAUAUAAUACUUUUUUUUUCGAAUUCAAAUAUUGAAUAAAACUCUACCA